AUGCAUCACCCCACCCUCUGCGCUCUGGCAGUCGGUAUCCUGUCUGCGCUCCCCGGAGCCCAGGCCAACGGCCUUUAUACCAAAAAGUCCCCAGUCUUGCAGGUCGACGGAAAGGAUUACGAUAGGUUGAUUGCCAAGAGCAACCAGACAUCUAUCGUUGAAUUCUACGCCCCUUGGUGCGGCCACUGCCAAAACCUCAAGCCAGCCUACGAAAAGGCGGCCAAGAACCUCGAAGGCCUGGCCAAGGUCGCCGCCGUCAACUGCGACGAUGACGCCAACAAGCCCUUCUGCGGCAGCAUGGGCGUCCAGGGCUUCCCGACCCUCAAGAUCGUGCGUCCCGGUAAGAAUGCCGGCAGCAAGCCCAUGGUGGAGGACUACCAAGGCCAGCGCACGGCCAGCGCCAUCGUCGACGCCGUGGUCUCGCGCAUCAACAACCACGUCGUCAAAGUCGAGGACAAGAACCUCGACAAGUACCUGAGCGACAAGAACGAGACGGCCAAGGCGCUCCUGUUUACCGACAAGGGUACCACGUCUCCCUUGCUGAAGAGCGUCGCCAUUGACUUCCUCGAUGUCAUCCCCGUCGGCCAGGUGCGGAACACUCAGUCCAAGGCGGUAUCUACUUUCGGUGUCGACAAAUUUCCUACUCUGAUCCUGCUGCCUGGCGGUGAUGCCCCCGGCAUCGUCUACGACGGUGAGAUCAAGAAGGCCGACAUGGUGAAGUUCCUUUCCCAGGCGGGCCAACCUAACCCGGACCCGGCACCGGCCAAGGCCAAGAACGGAAAGAAUGGAAAGAACGGAAAUGAAGGAAAGAACGGAAAUGAAGGAAAGAACGGAAAGAACGGAAAGAAGGACUCCAAGAAGGCUGCAUCUUCCUCCUCUUCCUCUUCUUCCUCCAAGUCCAAGUCAUCUGAGACCUCAACCUCAACCUCCACCUCAACCUCAACCUCCUCCUCAACCUCCUCCGAAACCCCCGCCCCAACCCAAGAAGCCCCCGUAAUAAUCGACACCGCCCUCCCCAUCCCCUCCCUCAACACCCCCGAAAAACUAACCAAGGAAUGCCUAACGUCCAAAUCCAACACCUGCGUCCUGGCCUUCGUCUCUCCUAGCAGCGGCGAAAAAGCCCAAAAGGCCCUCACCACCCUCUCCGAAAUAGCCUUCAAAUACGCCCACUCCGGCCACAAGCUCUUCCCCUUUUACGAAGUUCCCCUGGCCACCAACCCUGGCGGCGCCUCCCUUCUCAAGUCCCUUGGUCUCAAGGAGGAUGCUGACAUCGAAGUCAUCGCCAUCAACGCCAAGCGCGGCUGGUGGAGACACUACGACGCCGUUGGUGCGGCCGAUGAUUUCUCGGGACAUGAUAAGUUGGAGGCGUGGAUUGAUGCGAUUCGGUUGAGCGAGGGAACCAAGAAAAAGUUGCCCGAGGGUGUUGUUGUUGAGGCUUCUUCGGCUCCAGUAAAGGAAGAGGAAAGCAAGGCGGAAAAGGCAAAGCCUGAGGAGGCUGUUUCGGAGGAGGAGACGACGCCGGAGGCUACCAAGGCUGUUACUAGUGACGAGAAGGAGUCGACUGCGCCGGUUGAUCCUACGCCUGAGCCGGAGACGGCUACGCAUGAUGAGCUUUGA